AUGGUAGGUGAAAAUGGUGGGUUUUUGUAUGUAUAAGUUUGAAAUGGAGGUGAUGAAGAUGGGAAAACAACAAGAACAAAUGAUAAAUUAAUUAAAAUGUGUAAAAUGGGAAAUUGCCCCACUGUUGCCGACAUUGCAAAUGUUCACCGUUGACGUUGCAGAUGUGUUGAAGGAGAAGGGUUUUCAUGCAAGAGAGCAAGACUCAAAUAUCAAAUGGUUUUUUCGUUAGGAAAAAUUUUCUAAGGGCAAAAUUGACCUUUCACACCCAAUUUUUUAACUCUAACUUUUUUUCAAACUCAAUCCUAGGGAGCCGUCGACCCUUCCAAAAUUGGCUUUUUUUUUUUUGGAAUUUCCCAAACAUCUUCACCCCCGUUUUGGUGAUCGAUGUAUAGCUAGUUUUCAAUCCACAACACCCUCUAGUGAAAGUUUCCCGCGAAAUCACCCAGAAAUCGGUUCAGCAAUACCUACUCUAGGGGCUUCACUACGACAAACAUGAUUGUCGGCGUCUUGAUAGUGACCCACCAGAACCUUCUUUCUCUCCUUCUCGAUGAGUUUUGGCAUUGACCCACACUUCGAUUGUAGAUUUGGACUGGUUCGAAGGGAUUAAUUAAGGUUUAUGGUUAAUUUUGGCUCUAUUGAAAAGCACCGGCGGGUACCCUAAAUUCCGAAGGAGAGGAACACACACUAACACUUCUAGCUUGACAUGGACUCCAUUCAUGACUCUCUCAAGACACCAAGCCUAAGACACAAAUGCUCAGCAUGCUAUAAGCAAUAUAAGAAGAAAGAGCAUCUUAUUGAGCAUAUGAGAGUUUCAUAUCACUCUGUUCAUCAGCCUAGAUGUGGAGUCUGCCUAAAGCACUGCAAAUCAUUUGAAUCAUUGAGGGAACAUCUAAUGGGUCCACUUUCAAAAUCAAAUUGUUCAAAAAUUUUCUCAGAGCAAGGUUGUGGCCUUUGUUUGAGAGUACUUGAUGGUCCCGAAACUCUCAGUGAGCACCAAGACAUUUGCUGCAUAACGGCACCUGUUCACCAAGGAACAAGUCUACCACCAACUGAUUUAUCCGAUUGUUAUGAAGAAGAUCGUUCUGAUCGAGGCCUUGGAGCAAUAGCUAUGGAUUGUGUAAUGGCUGGUGGAGGAAGUGAUGGUGCACUGGACAUUUGUGUUUGGAUAUGCCUUGUUGAUGAGGAUGAGAAAUUGAUUUUCAAUACUUUCGUACAACCACAAAUACCGAUCACGAACUACAGGCACGAAGUAACUGGGCUAAAGGAAGAACAUAUGAGGUAUGCUAUGCCACUGAAAAAUGUCCAGGAAAAAGUGUUGAAACUCUUGUUAAAUGGAGAAUCCAUUGGGAAAUUGAGAUCGAAUGGUGGUAAAGCUAAGCUUCUUGUCGGCCAUGACUUGGAGCAUGAUUUAGAUUGCCUGAGAAUGAAUUAUCCCGAUCAUAUGUUAAGGGACACGGCUAGAUAUCAUCCAUUGAUGAAAACAAAUUUGGUUAGUCAUUCUCUCAAGUACCUUACUCGAGCAUAUUUGGGGUAUGAUAUUCGGCAAGAUGGGCACGAUCCUUACGAAAAUUGUGUAUCAGUUAUGCGAUUAUAUAAAAGAAUGCGCAGUCUUGAUCACCGUAGACAAGUUAUGACCCUGUCAGUUACUCCUUCCUGUAUCCAAUAUGUUGCUCCCAAUCUUGAUUCCCAUAGUGCAAAAGAUCUUGAAAAGAUGACUCCAGAUGAACUUUAUGAGAUGUCGAGAACAAACUUCAAGUGUUGGUGUCAUGACUCAAGACGAGUUAUGCAGACUUAGGAGCCAACCAUUUUUGUUUUUGCUGGUAAGAGAAUGACAUUGAUCAUUGUGGUGUCUGCAAUCUGUAUAGAGAAUACUUGUUUUGUUAAGAAAAAGGCGAGGUUCUUAGAGGAAACACUCCCAUGGUACUUGUUGGUUAAAAAAUGGGAAUGAUCUUAUCUUUUGUAUCUAUUUAGCCUUUCAAAACUUAAAAUGAUAAAGGUACACUUCCCUCA